AUUUCAUAGAAUCUGCUGACUGUACGACCAUGUUCGGGGAACGACGCAAUCUACAUUCUACAAAUUAAAAAAAAUAUCAACUUGAAAAUAUCAAACAAUUUCUUUUUCCCCGAAAAAACUUGCUGCUUUUGAGUGCUGUAGAAAAAGAUUGAAACUUGAAAGGAAGAAGAAGCAGAAAAAGCAGCCAAAAAGAAAGAAAAUAAAAGAAAAAGUUGUGGGAAUCGUAUCAGAAUCAUAGCAUGAACUGCCUUCAGAACCUUCCAAGAUCAUCUGCUUUGCCUUUCCAGAGCUUCAAAUCCCAUCAGAGAAUUCCUCUUUGCUUUGUCAAUACCCUGGGAGUGAAGAACACAGCUGAUCUAUACAGAAGCAUGGCAAUCAAGGCAACUUCUGGUUCCACAUCUAGCGCAGAGAUAACUGGUGCCAAUGAAGAGGAGGAAAAAUCAGGGACAUAUAGCAACAACAUGACAGAAGCUAUGGGCGCAGUCUUGACUUAUAGGCAUGAGCUUGGAAUAAACUACAACUUCAUUCGUCCGGAUUUGAUUGUGGGAUCAUGCCUACAGACUCCUAAUGAUGUUGACAAACUUCGUGCAAUUGGAGUGAAAACUAUAUUUUGCCUGCAACAAAAUCCAGAUUUGGAAUAUUUUGGGGUUGAUAUUGAAGCGAUACGAGACUAUGCCAAGACAUUUGAUGACAUUGAACACUUGCGCGCUGAGAUAAGAGACUUUGAUGCAUAUGAUUUAAGGAUGCGGCUACCAGCUGUCGUCGGUAAAUUAUACAAAGCCAUAAAUCGAAAUGGUGGUGUCACUUAUGUGCAUUGCACUGCUGGUCUUGGAAGAGCUCCUGCUGUUGCAUUGGCAUACAUGUUCUGGGUUCAGGGCUACAAACUUAGUGAAGCUCACAAGUUGUUGCUGAGCAAGCGGUCAUGCUUUCCAAAACUGGAUGCUAUAAAAAGUGCUACUGCUGAUAUUCUUACAGGCCUAAGAAAGAAGCUUGUUACAUUGACAUGGGAAGAUAACAAUUGCUCCACCGUGGAAAUAUCUGGACUUGAUAUUGGAUGGGGUCAGAGAAUACCACUAAAAUUUGAUGAGGAACAAGGUUUAUGGAUUCUUAAUAGAGAACUGCCUGAAGGACACUACGAGUACAAGUACAUCAUUGAUGGCAAAUGGACAUGCAAUAAAUUCGAACUGAUCACCUCUCCCAACAAGGAUGGCCAUGUUAACAAUUUUGUUCAAGUUCUUGAUGAUGAUCCAAGUACUGCAAAUGCAACCCUACGGGAGAGGUUGACAGGUGAUGACCCACACCUUACAAGCGUGGAACGACAAAAAAUAAGACAGUUCUUGGAAGCUUAUUCCGAUGACGAAUAGGAAGAGGUUGGCUGGUGAUGAUCUAGACCUUGCAGGCAAGGAAUGAUGAGAAAUAUGACGGUUCUUGGAAGCUUAUUAUUCCGAUGAUGAAUAAUAUGUUGGUCUAUUUAAUCACUCUAAAUAUCUGUAUAAAAAAUGAGGUAUAUCUAAACUGUCUAAAACAAUUAGGAUUAUAUAGUUCAAUCUAUUUGGAUUGUUUAAAUCUGAAUAGAUUGGAGAUCCUAAUUAAAAUAUUUUCUUCAUUCGGAAAAGUUGAUACACGAAGCCUGCAUGUAAAGUAGUUAAUAAUUUUACUUCUUCCAUUUCUAGCUACAUAAAUUAUACAUUAAACUUGUUCUUUUCUGAGAGUAUAGACAUUACUUGUACCAUUUAUGAAGAUAAUUUCCGUAUAGCUGAUAAGUUCAAGUGCUCACUGUAUGAAAGCUCUUUCUACUUGGGUUA